GGCGGGAUUACAUUGAGUGCGUUUGGCGUCUUAUUUUAAUUAUUCUUAAAUUCGUUCAUAGUGGAUAUUGUGAAAUAUAAUUAGUGUGACUUUGUGUUACAACCGUCUGCGCAACUGAAGAAUUAGUGGAAUCGUUAAAAUACACGCAAUUCCGGGUGAGCGUCAGAAUGGCCGGUCACUACCCAUAUUUUACAUCGAAAUAAUUUAAUUAUAGAAAGUUGCUACCUAGUUGCUUCUAGUUGCUACUAAUAAUAAUAAUAAUAGUUGUGGUCAAGCGGACGUGAGAAGUUUAUUGCAGUGUUGACUACCUCACAGAAGCUUACCGAAAGAGAAAACUCGAUACAUUUCGUGCCAAAUACUCCAAGAAAUAUUAGUAUAAGUCACACCGAAAUUCUAAUGAAAAAAAAGAAGAUUAAUAUAACUAAAGACUAGGCUGUAUGGGCAUUGUUCCCUUUGCCUUCCCUAAAAGGGAGAAUUUUAAAAAAAUGAUUAUUUGUACAUUUUAUACUGUUGUUUUGUAAAUAAACGACAGCGGAUUUUUAAGUAGAAAAAAUGGAAAAUUAUUUCAAAGGUAAAAAUAUAGAAGAGGAAUUAGAACGAGAAAAAAUACCGUUCAAGGAUUUGCCUGAAAAUUUUUUAUGGAUGCAGGUGAAAGGUGGAAGUAAAAUGAACAAUUUAAUUUCGCAUGCUAGUGGAAUUUUGGAAGACAAAUCUGCGUCCGCUGUAGUUUGGUCUGGAGCAGGAGUAGCCAUACCAAAAGCUAUUUCAUGUGCUGAAAUUCUAAAGAGACAAUUUUCCAUCCAACACCAAGUUACAACGCUAACACAUAAAAGGGUAGAAGAAUAUUGGGAGCCUAAGAUAGAUGGACUUGAAACUAUUGUUGUAAAAAGGCAAAUUCCAGUUAUACACAUUCUACUUUCAAUUCACAUGAUAUCAGACACUAAACAACUGGGAUUGCACUCCAGAUGUUGCACACGAAGAACAAAUAUAAAUAUAUCAGUUGUCGUACGGUACGUCCUUUUAAAUGCAAGCAACAACAAGGCUGAACUGAAGUAAAAGAACACUUUUUGGAUUUUUUUCCUAUUACAGACACUACUAGCCUGGUUUUAACUCAAUUUUUGUUUUAUUUUUUAAUCUCAUACGAAAUUGACAUACAGGAUAUGCGUGGUCAAGGUUACGAUAAUGGUGCAGACAUGAAAGGGAAAAAUGUAGGUCUUCAGAAACGAAUUUUAGAUAUAAACCCGCGCAUGGGCGUAGCCAGGUACGGGAAGGGGGGGGCAGAUGCCCCCCCCCCCCCAUAUAUAGAGGAGCUUCAGUACCAAAAAUUAAAUAACAAAUAAUCCAAAAACUAAAUAUAAUUUUUUAAAAAAUUAUAGAAUCGCACAUCACUCUCAUAGACUCGUUACUAAAGCUGUAAUUUCGAUAGGACUACUCGUAAACAGUGAAGUGAUUUCGUAUGUACGUUAAAUAUUUCUUGGACGUAAAAUGAUGGGUAUAAGGAUUUUUUUAAAGUCUAGUCUGUAUCCUCGUAACGCCCGCGGUCCUUAAUAAAAUACUAAAACAAACAUAGCCUGCAGGCCCAACAAUUCAUACAUACUCAUACUCCUAAACGCCCACGGUCCUUUUUUAACGAUUAAAUCGUUUUGGUGAUACUGUGGAUUUAAAUUUGCCGCUCUGAGUAUAACCAACAUAAAAAUACAUGCAUUUGGAUGGCUGCUAUCUAUGGGCGGGAGUUGAGGUGGAUUAAAAAAACAACUGUCAAAGUCAUUUAACAAAGUUUGACGACUUGGCACACAAACGGAGACCACGUAACUAAUCGUAAAAUAUUUCUAUAAUCUAUUAAUUUAAAAGCGAUAAUUUAUUACAAUUUUAUUAAUAAUUGUAUGACUCAUUGUUUGAAACCGUUCUUUUAUUAUUUACUCCAAUAGAUUAACGAUAUUUAAUACCUAAAGUAAUUGAUACAAAAAAAAGGACCUAGAGCGUUAACUACUUAAAAGCCAUAUAUAAAUAUUUUUGGUUUUUCUUAUUGUAUAUUGCAAUAUCUACCGCAGUUACUGCCUGUUUUUUUUUAGUUUUGAGAGAUCAGGAUAUCUGCAAGUUGCUAAAUGACUCUAAUAUCGUGUUGCAUCCAUUUGAUGCCGCUGGCGAGGAAUUGCAAAGAAAGUUCCACAAUUCAGUUACACCUGUGUGUUACUAAGCAAAAUAUUUUUUAAAUUUUCGCAUUAUUUUUAUUUUAAUUAGCUGAUUAUGGAAAGAGAGUAAUUAUUAUUUUCAUUUUACUUAAUGGUUUAUCAAAUUCAAAAUUUGUUCAUAACCAUAAGUGGACAUUAUUUUUAUUAUGGGUUACUAUUUUUAUUUCUUUUAUAUAAUACAGGGAGAAAAAAACAGCCCUUGCUGAGUUUCUUGCCGGUUCUUCUCAGUACAAGGUCUCCCGUCGCACUAUGUGGAGAUCGAGUCGGUUUCGGGUCAUAAAUCUAUAACUUCCAUGUUUUUAUAGACAUACAGCUGAUUUUUUUUUUAAGUAAUCUGAGAUAAACGUACUUUAAAAUAAUAUACAGUCUAUGCAUAUAAAAAUAUAUUUAAUAAUUGUAAAAAAAUACAAAACAUGAAAUAUUGAAAAAUUAUCAUAAAUUUACGACUAAUUUUAAACAAUGUGACCUAAAUGUUAUAAUUAAUACAAAAUAAACACAUAAAAUUACUCUUAUUAAUUAAAUAUAAUAAGAAAGAGAAAAUAACAUAGAAUUAUAUUAUUCUACUAGCUCUACAGCUUCAUCUAUAAGUUCCAUAGACUUUUUAUUGGAAGGUUUUCUUAAACUUGUUAUGUAAGGGUCUGAAGUGUACAAAAGUGUAUGUAAAACGUCUUCAUUUGUAGCUACUCUAGAGCAUUUUCUAGCAUGAUGAAGUCUGAAUCGUUUAUAGUCUUUGUUCCUUGAUUCCUGGGCAUCUUCGGAGAGCUGUCCAAGAGGUAACACUGAAUAAUGCCGAAUUACACUCUCCCCAUGAAUUAGGACUUUAUGGACACAUGAUGGCAUAUAAUACCACAUAUAUUUACUAACAUAUCGUUGUGCUGUAUCGAAAGCAUACUGUCCAAAUUUCGUAGCAUUAAUUACUUUUCCGCUAGACAUAACUUGAAGUAAAACAUAAAAUCGUUUUAUCAAUUCCUCAUCCACACCGGUAAUUUCUGCAGUGCACUGAUAAUUUUGAAAAAAUCGUCUAGCUGUAUUACCGUCAUUACUGUCACCAGAACCUUGCUUAGGUUUAUCUAUAUUUAAACCAAGUUCUUCUCUGAACCUUCUUUGUACAUAUGUCUUCUUUUGUUUUUUCAAAUCUUUAUUUUCUGUCGUUGUAGCAGACCAUUUUUCAAAGCCUACAUUAUAAGAUAUAUAAUUAGUUCCAUGAAUCUAAUCCAGCAAUGUAAAGUCGAAAGCCCAUAUUGAUAAGAAUUUUCGUCAACAGGUUUAUUUUGUACUUUUUCUAAAUUGUUCAUCUCUGUAGGUCUUGCACCACAAAUAGUACAUACAGCACCUGAUGAAGUUUCUGACAAAACUUGAGCCACUUUCCCGUCAACCAUUGUCAAAAAUAAUGUGUGUUUGAUUUCAAUACUUUCACCAUUUUUAUUGAUUAAGCUUGUUGUGAGAGCGUUUCUUUGAGUUAUAAUUUCAUUAACUACACUUGUAGUUUUCUCUGGUGUCUCUUUUGAAAAUUCUAUUAAAAUGGGCCUACAAAAUCUUACUGAUGAUGGAACAGGGUUUUCCCACAAAGUUUCAUUUGUAUUAAUAUCAACAAGUUUCAGAGGUACUAAUGAAGAUAUAAAUAAAUUUGUGUCAGAAAUUAACUCAUCCUCUUCAGUUAAGACUUGCUUGUAUUCGCUUUGUCCGCUUGAGCCAUCACAGCCCCAUUUCGAAUACAGCAUUAAAUGUUUUUUGCCAGCUUUGUAUACACCAUUGAUUUUCAAAAUUCUUGCAAUAGUGUGAUCCAGCAGAUCUUGCAGUUUUAUUUUUGCUGUAAUAUUAUUAAUUUCUAUGCUUGAUCUUGGUGGGUAGCACAUUCCUUUAGCUUCCUGAAUUGAUUUAUAUGACGGAAAUAAUACGCAGUUCUUCGCAAUUAAGCAAUUUCUCAUGUUUUCAUACUGUGCCAUGUUAAGGUCCAACUCUAUAAAAAUACUGAGAGCUUCAUCUUUAGAGUACGCUGUUAAAUGUGCCGGUUCAUUUAAAAGAUUUUGACGUAUUUCACUUUUUUUAUCUAUGUGUAAUACUCGUAAAAUUUCGACAAUGAAUGCUUCUUCCGUUUCCCCUUGAGAUCUCAAUCCUUGAAGAUAUGAAUUCAGUAUAAAAUCAAGGCCACAUGUUUCAAGCAACUCCUUGUUUUUUCGUCUUUGUGUUCUAUCGGAACUGUCUUCGUAGGUUUUGGAAGGGCGUCCUCGCUUCCCCGUCGAUGUCGAAGGUUCAGAUUCACAAGUAGGAUCUUCCAGAUUUACUGUGAAUGUGGCAUUCAACCACAGGCUAUUCUGAUUUAAAAAAAAUUCUUUAUUUCUGCCAGAUUUAGUGUAGCGUUGACGAAAGUUCGUAAUAAGAUUUUUUUGUACACUCGCGACAAUUUUAGCGAUAUUUGCCUCAGAAAAGUUGAUAAAAUUAUUCCGUAUAUAACUUGUUAAAGCAACAACAUAAUUCCCGUCACUUUCAAUCAAAACAAGACAUAGGUCGCAUCUGGUACAUUGGAAUUCACUCAUUGCGAGAGAGUAGGUGGUUAGAUACACUUUUAGUAACGACAAUAACGAACGAAAAACAGUAUGCAAUUAUUCAGUAUGCAGAUGCUCUAUUUUAUAUUAAAUAACUGAUUUGAAACGUAUGCAAAGUAUGGGAAUAAAAACUAUUUAUCAUUAUGUGGUUACUCGGUUUCCUAUGUGUUUUAUUGAUAAUUUAUUUUGUAGGCGAACUAAAAAUGGUGAGAAAUACUCGAUACAUUAUCAAAACAUAAACCGCAAUUAAUAAUAUAUCACAAGUGUAACCUAUAUCAACUAAUAAAACAAAUAGAUUCGCCCACGUAUUUUUAAGAAAUUAUUACUAUUUCAUGUUAUGAUAGAUAGCAUUAUGUUGUGCAAUGUAGUUGUAACUUAUUUUUUCUUCCUGUAUAAAAAUAUUAAAUUUCCUAUCAAAUAACAUCAUUUACAGACCUUCGGCAAAUUUCGGCAACUGUCAAAACUCUAAUUGAAAGUUUCAGAUACGCAAAAAUGAUAUGUCAUGAGAUAAAUAUUUCUAGUAAAUAUAUUUAUAAAUAUAUAGCAUAUUUGUGUAUUUUAAAAAAAAAGUAUAUAUUAUAAGCUUUCUAAAAUGGUAUAAUACUUGUAUAAUUUUUAUUGCUAGCUUACUAGAAAAUCAUCCUGAAAAAAUUACAAAUUAUGAUGUUUUCGUGAUAAUUUUUCAAUCAUCGUAUUUAGAUGCUCUUUACUAUAAAAAAGUACUAGUUACAUACAUAAUUUAUACAUAAUAUAGUAGAUCAACUUCUUAGCUAUAGUUUGAGGUAUAAUACAAGUACCUGCGCCGAUUUUUACAAAAUGUAUUUAUGGCCAAGCUCUCUUAGGCACCUCCACAUAGUGCGUCGGCGCCGUAGAUUUGCGAACCGAUGGCGUAGCUUUUCGACAUUCACAAGUGCUUGUAACAGCCUAGACUGAAUAAACGAUAUUGAUUUUUUUUGAAUUUUUUAGUGAAGAAAUUAUUUUACUAUAGAAAGAAAGAUUGUUAGUUUUAUGUUGCUGAGUAAAUUCUAAUCAAUUAAUUAAAGUUUCAUUUACUACAAAAACUGGUUUUUGUGUGCUACUUACUUCGACUCUACACCCUUUUCAACGUACUGAAACAUAAUUAUGUUUGCAUUUAACGCCCAAAGUACUUUAAACAUAUUAAAUAAAAUCACAUGUGUAUUAUCUUUAAUACCCAAAGUACUUUUUUUGCGAAUUGAAUUUUGAUCCUAUUUGUUGUUCAAAAAUGGCCUUUAGGAUCCUAAUAAGCUGCCAAAGAAGAUUCAUCUAUAUUGCGCAACCCUACGCAUCUUAAUAUAUUUGGCAAAGUUUGGGUCUGAACGACAAUAAAAAUUUAGGAUUUAAAAAAGGACCUUGGGUUAUAAGACAUGAUUAGUAUUAAAUGAAGUUGGGCGUUACGAGGGUAUAAUGUUACUGUGUAAAAAAAUAUAAUUUUGCCGGGCCAUCUGUCGUAGCCACACGUUGCCGGGCAACUAUGACCCGUUUAGAACACAGGUUUAGAAGCAUUAUAAAAAUAAGUAAAAUCAUUCUGCUGAGACUCCAUGCGAUUUUUGGAAGCGAUCGAUCUUCAUCCCGUAUUUGGAUUACCUUAUAUCCGCACUGGAACAUCGUUUCUUUGAAUAACAUAUGCCUGCCUUCGGAUUGCUGAUGCUGCAUCCUGAUGCGAUGUUGAAAAUUUCAUUGGCUGAAUUCAAACAGAAACCACAAAGUUUCAGCAGAUACUAUGGGUUAGAAUCCUUUGAUAAUAAAGCCGAACUGUGAUAUAAACGAUGGAAUGAUGAGGGUAUGCCAAGAGAAAAUCUUAGAGAGCUGAACUUUGCGGAGUUGUUAGAGAAGGCGGAAACAUUCUUUCCUCCAACCAGAAAACCUAUACUAAUUUCUUUGGCACUGCCUUGCACCACGAGCAAUGUAGAGAGGUACUUCUCUACACUGCGGUGUAGUCAAAACGUGGUUGAGGUCGACGAUGCUCGACCUUGAUCUCUUAACAUACAUAGGACACAUAAAUGGCCUUUGUAUGUUAAGUGUCCAGCGAAAGAUGGUACAAGAAAGUUUACAUGCAAUUUCAGGUGAAGUCUUGAAAUGGUUCUGCGGAGAACCGAGAAAAUUGCUCCUGUUUAUAUGAAAUUUAAUUUUUGUAGCGAACAUUUUAGUUUCACUUGCAUGCCCCCCCCCCCCCCCCCCCCUAAACUAAAUCCUGGCUACGCCCUUGAACCCGCACGCAUUUUAUGUCUAAAUUUGGUAAUGAAUGACGCUGCUAAAAGUUCAUUAGAAAUAGUAAAUUUCUUUUCAAUUAUGCAAGAAAUUUGUUUUUUUUCUGCGUCAACAGCACGGUGGCAAAUACUUGCUAAAGAAGUGGCAACUUUAAGUUUAAAACCACUCUUAAAUGAAAGAGCAGGGUUGAAGCAGUAAAAGCUCUACGUUUUGAACUGGGAAAAGUGUAUGAUGCCUUGAAUAUAUGGUAAUAUUCCGAUAGGAGCAAAGAUGAGCGAGUCAAGAAAUAAAGCAAAUUCAUUACUGGGAAAAAUUAAGUCGCUUAAAUUCAUUUGCUCUCUGCUUAUUUGGUUUUAAAUUUUAAGCAAGAUAAAUAUAGUUAGCAAGGCACUUCGAAAGUCAGACGUUGUAUUGUCAGAAGCGGUGAAAAUUAUUAAUAAUGCAAAAAUAACUUUGUCUGAAUUCUGUAAUGACUCCGCUUUUGAAAUGCGGAUUUCCUUAAUAGCGCGAAAACUGUAGCGGAAGAAGUCGAGGCAAUAGCAGAAUUUCCCAUACCUGCACGCCCUCGCGCUCGUAAAAGGGUUUUUAAUUAUGAGGCGGAGGAUGAAUCGAUCACAGGUGCGAAAACACAUUUUAAAGUCAAUUUUUACUACUAUUUAUUAGACACCGUAAUUACUAAGUUCGACGAACGGUUCGAACUUCUCAAACAAAAUAAUGUAGUUUUUUCAUUUCUUCAGAAAUUUAUACACUGGAAGGAUUUGGACUCGGAUACAAAAAAGCACAUUGUUCUAAUUUAGAAAAUAAACUUUGCCAAGCUGGCUGUCUCUUCAGAUGUGGAAAAGUUCGAGCACUUAAAUGAAAUCGAAUUAUUACCCAUGUUUAUUGACGAUCUACGCCGUUGGAUAUUUUAAAUUACUUGUAUACGAAUAAAUUGAUUUCAGUUUUUCCAAAUCUGUCCACAGCACUCAGGAUUUACCUUAUACUUCCAGUCACGGUAGCGCACAGCGAAAGGUCAUUUUCUAUACUAAAAAUAAUUAAAAACUAUCUAAGAUCAGCAGCAAAGUAUAUUGACGAACUUAUCGUUAAUGGUGUCGAUUCUGGCAUGAUUCUCUAAACCUAAACUUAAAUAUGACAAUAGUGUAUCCUUGUCUUGAUCUAUACAGAAUGAAAAGGAGAGACUGAUGUUAUAUUUAGCUUUAAGUUUAGACAAUCAUGCCAGAAUUAACACCAAUAAGUAUUGAACAUGAAAUCAAAAUUGAAGUCAGUGACAUUGUUAAAGAUUUCGCUAAUGCUGACCAAUUAUGCUACCGUGUGGGUUUACCUAUAAUGCGAAGAGAUGGCGCUGCCUUGCAGCUUAAGAAUAGCUAGAAAGAAUUUCGACGCGGUCCGUGAGGGUCGCGGUAGCAUAAUUGGUCAGUGCAUUCGCCCGGAUUGCGAAGGGUGCGGGUUCGAGUCCCGUCUGCUGCCUGGUCCGCGUGGAUUUUUUUCUAGUUAUAUUUUCUUUAGAUUUAAACAUCAAGCAGUUACAUGCUUUAAAAAUAAUAAAAAUUAUAACUAUAAUUGCUAUUUCUUCUUUCAAAUGUUUAAUACUUGUAAAAGUAUUCAUUUGACAUUGUGGGUUUACCUAUAAUGCGAAGAGAUGGCGCUGCCUUGCAGCUUAAGAAUAGCUAGAAAGAAUUUCGACGCGGUCCGUGAGGGUCGCGGUAGCAUAAUUGGUCAGUGCAUUCGCCCGGAUUGCGAAGGGUGCGGGUUCGAGUCCCGUCUGCUGCCUGGUCCGCGUGGAAUUUUUUCUAGUUAUAUUUUCUUUAGAUUUAAACAUCAAGCAGUUACAUGCUUUAAAAAUAAUAAAAAUUAUAACUAUAAUUGCUAUUUCUUCUUUCAAAUGUUUAAUACUUGUAAAAGUAUUCAUUUGACAUUGUGGGUUUACCUAUAAUGCGAAGAGAUGGCGCUGCCUUGCAGCUUAAGAAUAGCUAGAAAGAAUUUCGACGCGGUCCGUGAGGGUCGCGGUAGCAUAAUUGGUCAGUGCAUUCGCCCGGAUUGCGAAGGGUGCGGGUUCGAGUCCCGUCUGCUGCCUGGUCCGCGUGGAAUUUUUUCUAGUUAUAUUUUCUUUAGAUUUAAACAUCAAGCAGUUACAUGCUUUAAAAAUAAUAAAAAUUAUAAAGAAUGUGUUGCUUGGUUCUUUUUGGAAAUCAUGGAGCAUAUCAGUUCCGUUAUACCUGGAAGGAAAAAAGUUACUAAAAUACACGAUUCCCCGGUAGGACCACAGGGAACGUGUCUUGUCAAUUUUCUCCCAUGAUCCCAUUCCUACCUAGGGGUAUCAAAGCAAAAACUAAAAUUAGAUAAGAGAUUACCUUAAACGACUUUUGUUGAAUGCUGACAUCCAAUAGCGACGUUGCUUUUUUUCCUUUUACUGGAUCGCAUAAUUUGGCAAUUGCUAAAUAAUAACACAGCCGCAGCUGUAGAUACGUGCUCGUUCACUUUGCAUUUUGAAAUGAAGAUAAAUACGAAACUAUACAGUCCGAUCCGCACCGUCAACGGACCGUGGGAUGAGCCCUGUCUGCGGUGCGUUGCUGUGCGUGAAAGAUCCGUAAAAUAGCGGAACGGGGGAAGCCAGCUUAAGAAGUUGUAUAAUGAAAUAUGAUUGUGGCGCAGCUAAGACGUCUUUGAGUAUCUAUUAUACCAAAGCAAGACGUCGUCGUCACAAGUAACAUCCUUGUCACCAUAACUCCCAAUAUCUUUAGAUCCUGCAAGGUUGGACUUAGGACACUAUUGAACAUAGGUGUGCUGUGCGCAGUAAUUACAACAUCAAUCUAAUCUGACGGUGCAGCUACGGGUCUGUAAUUACCUAGGUAGCUCAGCUCAGCCAGUGAUUGAUAGAAGAGAAAAGGUAUCGAGUAUCUGUACAAAAAAUUGGCAACUGAUUCAUAAAUUUUCACUCUCAGCCCCAGGCCGGGCCCAGCAUGGUAAAACAAUUUCUCAAAACAAGAAAAUAUAAAAAUUAACAACCAGAUUUAGGCUCAACUCAAACUGGCGCAGAGUCAAAGCGUCACGCGCCGCGUCAUGAUUUCAGCCUUGGGUAUAUCUUAUUAGUGAAAAAAUAGAUAUGACUGCGACAGGCGAAAAAAAUUAAACUUGAUAUUAAGGGGUCGCGCCGCGCCUUUGCAUGCCAUCGCGCAUUUUUUAAGUGGUAAUCUAUACAUAUAAUAAAAUGGUAAGAGUCAACUGUCCACUGAAUAUUUUUUUAAAAGAAUACUUGGGGUGUGAUCUACAAUCGAUACUGAAGCCAAAAAUAUAGUUUUUAGAAUUUUUGUCUGUAUGUAUGUCCGCGAUAAAAUCAAAAAGUAUUGCUUGGAUUUACUUUAAAUUUGGCACAAAUAUUAUUAAGAAGUCGGGCCAACAUAUAGGCUACAUAUUAUCACCUACGGGGAACGAGCGGUGAACCUUUAUUUCUAACUAACUCCACGCGGCCGCUAGUACCUUAUUAAUAGGGAAAUAGAGAUGAAUUUGCUACAGGCGAAAGACGGGAAACCAUGACGCGUACGCUUCGACAUGCGCCAAUGAGUGAUGACACUGUUUCAUGAAAUUGUGGGAGAAAAAUAACACUAAAUACUCCAUUAAAAACAACUAAUUGGAGACACAAAGUUUAUUAGUGGUUUAUAUUACUUAUUUCACUUCAUAAAUAAAUGCAGUGCUACAAGAUUAUUAUUAGAGAGUAGACAAAAAACUUUCUAAGCUUCAGAUUCUCCAACAGGUUGAGUUAUGGGUAUUUCAUCAUCAAGCUUAGGUAAUAUCAAAAUUUCUUUAGGAAUGAUAGAAUACUUUGUCACAAAAUAUGUGAAACGCUUGCACAAAUGAGUUUCCUUUUCAAAUGCAUCAAAUAUUGACCGAUGAUGGAAGUACGCAUGUGAGAAUAUUCUGUACACUCUCCUGCACACUGAACCCAAUUUUGUUACAGAUGAUUCCUUGAUAUUGACUCUGAAAAAAAAACAUGUUAAUUUGCCAUUUGGACUUUUCAAAUUUACGAGGAUGAUGUUUGGACUACGUAAGGCAAGCCAAACUUUUCAAAGAUUCGUCGAUAUGGUAUUUAAAGGACUGGGGUCAAUUGCCUAACGGAAACAUAUGACUACUAACUGCUUACAUUUGCACUACACAAACCAGAGAGCUUAUGUGAUAUAGAAAGAAGAUUAUAACAUCUCAAUUUCAUCUCGCUAUUUUGCUCUGACAUACGACAUAUUUCCAGCAAAGAUAAUGUUGUAGCAGACUGCCUUUCCCGAGUGGAGGACUUUACUUUCCACUCUCCUAUAGACUAUGAGCAACUAUCAGCCAAGCAAGACAAAGAUGCAGAGUUAAGAGUUACGCGCAUAGAUAUCUACUGGUGAAUGAGAUAAAUGAAAAAUAACUAUCCAAUGAAUUUCUGAUUGUUUUUAAAAUUAUAUAUGAUUAACUAUCACAACAAUAUACAAAAAUUAAUCCCUGUUUCCUUAAAUAAAAGCUUCUUUAAAACUAAUUGUUUCUGAAUUACCCUUCAGAAAGAGAUGAAGAAAAUAUGAGGGUUAAAUUGUUGAUGGAACCCUAAUAAGUAAGAAAGGUAUUCUGAGAAAUAGAUACAUUAAAGUUGUACCAUUUAUAAAUAGUUUUCAUUAUCAUCUUCUUUUUGUUCAUACACACUUCUAAUUAGGAUCAUUCAAAUAUUUUUAUAACACAUUAGUGGUAACAGGAAUUUAAAUUGUAAUACUGCUGCAGGGAGAGAUAUUAUUGUUUGUUACUGUUACAACAUUUGAGAAUAUAGACUUCAUAUUAUGAGCUUGCUAAUUUGUAAUCUUAAUUUCUAUUCAUUAUUCAACACCAUGUGUGGAUAUACACAUUGUCAAAAAAUUUACAUAUACCCAACUAUAUACUGUUGUUCCGCAAUUUUUUGCAGAAAAAAUGAGACAAUUACUCAAACUACAAAUAAUUGAAAGAAGUGCUACCAGUAAAGUUAAUACCCAUAAAUUCAUAAAAUCAAUUAAUAAAAUUACCUGCUUGGAAAAUAUUUAUUACUGUUCAGCAAACAAGCUGCACCAUCUAGAGUAUGCCUGGUAUAAUCGAUUGCAGGGCAUUCUUUAGGAGUUUUAUGAGCAGCACACAAAAAUAUCCAUUGCUCUGUAGCUGUCAUUUGAGUACAUGUCUCUGGCUUACACUCGCUUUGUAAUCUAACAGCUAGUCCGUUCAAUUCCAUACAGAAUUGCCUAAAAUACAAAAUAGAAUAAAUAAAAAGUAGGUAAUAACACAACCAUUUAUUCAUACUAAGACAAGUAUUACAAUACCUUAAAUGCUCAUAUUUCCAUACCCCCUCUUCUUGAGCUUCGGGUUUUUUCAGAAUAGCUUCAAGAUUAGAGGGAUCACGUCGUAUAGUUUGCUGUAUAUACUGAGGUACUGCCAAGAUACUAUCCAUCUCUUCAAAUGGUUCGUCAGGCCAUCGACAGAAGUCCUGCUUACAAAAAUAAUAACAAAAAAACACUUGUUAUAUCGUUCGAGUAGUGAUAUUGGAGAAUUUACUUACCUUAGCUUUAGAACCAGGGCGGUUGCGUCUCAAUAUUUGGACUCCGUCAGUCAUUACCGAGGUUCAGAUAUAACUUAUUUAUUUAAACACAGUCUACUUGGAUAAUACGUUUUGAGGGCACUGAGCAAGUAAUAGGAAUAUACACUCCUUUUGCAUGAGGGCGUAAGUCCGGAGGGUUUGGUAUAUUCCUUGGCUUAUUUCCUAUAAUUUUAUGUGAGUUUAAUACAGUGCAACUCAAAAAAAUGCUCGGUGACUAAGAUCUUGUGGCACUUAAAUGACACUGACAGGAGGGCGCUGCUGGUGAAUAAACAGAAAAUAAGCAUUAUUAAAUCUCCUCAUUAAAGGGAACUUUAUAAUUUACUAUAACUCAGAAAGACUAUAGGAAAUAAAAGACUUCUUUAUCACCUAACUGAAAUCUUCCUGAAAUUAGUUCCAAUUUCAGCCACGCUUCAUUUCAGAUCUUGGUCACAUCACUGUUCUACCAACCAACCAUAAAAAUAAUCUCUGUAAUCUGUGAUUUGUUUGUAAUUGGUAUUAUUAGAGCACCCGCAGACUUGCAAUUUUAAAUUGGACAACUGAAUCGCAUAGUACAGUUUGUCUAUAAGGUCGUGACAUUAAAUGAUGGCGCCACUAGUAUGCAUGUAGCAACCCUAUACAGUCGGACCAAAAUGAUUUUGAUACUAG